AUGCCAACCGAUCAACUGGAGGUUGGCAUCGUCGGAGCAGGCAUAGCAGGUCUGUCAGCCGCUAUCGCGCUUUCCAGAGCAGGACAUUCGAUCGAGCUAUAUGAAAAAUCCAAGUUCCGGAAUGAAACCGGUGCCGCCAUUAUCAUAGGACCGAAUGGAACGCGAAUCCUGUCGAAAUGGGGCUGUGAUUUUGACCAGGCCGGAGCUCUGGACUACAGCCAAAUGCGCCGGAUCCGGGCAGACACCACCGAAGUUGACUCGGUAGAAUUCUUCACCGACAUCAAAGAAAAGUACGGUGACAGAUGGCUGCUUUUCCACCGAGCAGAUCUCCAUGCAGGGCUGAAACAACUGGUGGAGGCACGACAACCUCAGCCCCAGAUACACCUCGGCACCGAAGUGGUGGAUGUGGAUGUCGACAACGGAGUCCUCCGGCUUGCCAACGGCAAUGAGGUGAAUAAAGACCUAGUCAUCAUUGCCGAUGGCGCACAUAGCGAACUUAUUGCCAAAGUCAUCGGCCGUCCGUAUCCUGUCACCAAAUCUCCCAUGUCAAUGUACCGCUUCUUGCAACCAUUCAAACGAGUGCUCGCCCACCCUGAAGCUGGUGAAUUCUACAAGGGCCAGCUGCCGGGAUUCACCACCUUCUACAAGACAGAGGUGGGCCGACCUGGUCUUCUUAUCAAUACUUACCCCUGUCGCGGUGGAGAGCUUUUGUAUGUGGCGCUUGUGCAUCCUACGAAGCCCAAGGAAAAAGGCAUUGAAGGCUGGGAUUCACCAGCAGACUACCAGGACGUGAUCUCAGAUGCCAAAGGAUUUCAUCCGGCGGUUCAAGCGAUCUGUGACGAUGCCACCGAAGUCAAGGUCUAUACCCAAAUGUGGAGAGAUCCCAUUGAGAAGUAUUCAAAAGGCCAAGCCAUCUUAGUAGGCGAUGCGGGCCAUCUCAUGUUACCCACUCACGGCCAAGGUGCGUCAAUGGCUUUAGAAGACGCCAUGGCAUUGGAAGUGCUCUUUCAGGAUGUCAAAUCUCCCUCAGACGUGCGGUCCCGAGCGCAAAUUUUCGACAAGCUUCGCAUUCCUCGAGUCAGCGCCGUGCAGACAAUGUCGAACAAGAUGGUGGGUCCGCCCGACAAGAUGAUGGCGGAGGUGAAGAAGUAUUAUGAUGGGCAAAUCCCCAGCCCCAAGGCCAAGACAUUCUCUCAGGAGUACAAUGACUUCUUCUUUUUGUAUGACAUUGCAGAAGAAGCAAAGAAAUUGAUCAGUGCUUGA